AUGGCCAGUGACUGUGAAAGUGAUAACUCAUAUGACAGUGAUGAGUUAUGUGAUGAAAAUGAAGAAAAUGAAGAUAUUCAAACACUUCUUUUAUGUGGGCUUGCUGUCAAAGGGUUACUAAUGACUCAUAAAUCGAAAUAUGUACGUAGACGUCGCCGUUCAUCUUCGCGCACAGGAAGCAUGCUAAUCAAUGAAAUACUUAACGAUCAUGAGGUCCGAUGUUAUCAACCUUUCAGAUUAGAAGUCCCGGUUUUCAACAUGUUAUGUAGGGAUCUUGUUGCACAUUAUGGGUUGAAGAAAUCACGUCGUGUAUCUACUGAAGAGUCCCUUGGUAUUUUCUUGUUGUACUUAGCGCAUGGAUGUGGAAAUCGGUUAGUUCAAGAGUUCUUUAAUCAUUCUAGGGAAACAAUCCAUAGACAUUUUUAUAAAGUCUUGGAUGUUGUGGAUUGUAUUGGUGCCAUCGAUGGAACACAUGUGAAGGCCUCUAUUCCGCAACGUGACCAAAUCAAAUACAUUGGACGAAAGAAUUGUGUUACUCAAAAUAUUAUGGCAACAUGUGAUUUCAACAUGUGUUUUACCUUUGCGUGGGCUGGAUGGGAGGGGACUGCACAUGACACGAGAAUUUUCAAUGAAGCGCGAAGGAGACGUGAAGUUAAGUUUCCACUUCCAGCCGAUGGUAAGUAUUACCUUGUAGAUGCCGGAUAUCCUAAUACAAAAGGUUAUCUUGCUCCCUACAAAGGUUCAAACAUCCGUUAUCAUAUUCCUGGUUUUCGACGUGGACAGACCUGUGCCUCGCGAGAACCAAAAGGAUUCAAAGAAAAAUUGAACUACUAUCAUUCGUCACUUCGCAAUAUAAUUGAGCGAACUUUUGGAGUCUGGAAGGCUCGAUGGGUGUUACUAAGAGAUAUGCAUGUAAAUUUCAACUUCGAGACCCAAGUAAAAAUUGUGCUAGCUUCAAUGGCAAUUCACAGUUACAUUAGAAUGAGCGAUAGUGGUGAUGCAGCAUUUCAAAUAGCGCAAGAGGAAUCUUAUAUUUCGCGCAAUGAUGAAGGACCCGAUGAUGGUGUUGAGCCACAUGACGAAGUAUCAAGUAUACAACGUAGAAGUGAUGAUAUGUAUAUGAGUGCAGUACGCGAUAUGAUUGCGGGACAAAUAUUCUCAAGGUCAAACACUCGUGCACGUAACGGCGUAUGAUUUGUUUUGAAACGAAUUUUAUGGAUAAUAUUUUGGA